UGCCCCGUUGCAUGCCGGGAGUUGUGGCCUACCCUUUCGUCCCGAGAGGCCGGAAGGCGGGGAUUUUAGGGACGUGCUGGCUUUAGGCCCCCGGCUUCUGCGGCUUCCUUCGACGCUUGCGGCCUCUCCCUCCCGGGUCGGCCUCCCUCUGGUUGUUUUCGGUCACUAGUCAGUCUCUCAGGGCCCGCGAUGUCUCGCGGGCGGGAGCGGGUGGUGGCCUUGGUCGACAUGGACUGUUUCUACGUGCAGGUGGAGCAGCGCCUGGACCCCAGCCUGCGGGGCAAGCCGUGCGCCGUGGUUCAGUACAAGACGUGGAAAGGCGGCGGGAUAAUUGCUGUGAGCUAUGAAGCCCGUGCUUUUGGAGUUACCAGGAAUAUGUGGGCUACUGAUGCCAAGAAACUAUGUCCUGAUCUACUGUUAGCUCGAGUGCCAGAGGCCCAUGGCAAAGCAGACCUCACCAAGUACCGAGAAGCCAGUGUGGAGGUGAUGGAAGUGAUGUCUCGGUUUGCUGUAAUUGAGCGUGCCAGCAUUGAUGAGGCCUACAUGGACUUAACUAAUGCUGUGCAUGAGAGGCUUCAGAAGAUGAAGGGACAGUCCAUUGCAGCAGAGCAGCUAGUAACGACCUUUAUCCAAGGAUUCCCAAAUAACCUUGAUGGGAAAGAAAAUACGGACCACAGAGACGAGUGGCGGCAGCACGGUUUGCACCAGUGGCUCGAGUUGUUGCCGUUUGAAGAUCCCAGCAAUCCAGAUGUGCAGCUGACAGUGGGAGCUGUGAUUGUGGAAGAAAUGAGAGCAGCUGUGGAAUCUGUCACAGGAUUUAGGUGUUCCGCUGGGAUUUCUCACAACAAGGUAUUAGCAAAAUUGGCCUGCGGCCUCAACAAACCUAAUCGACAGACUUUGGUGUCGCAGGAUUCUGUCCCCCAGCUCUUUAGCAAGAUGCCAAUUGGAAACAUUCGCAACCUAGGAGGUAAGUUAGGUGCCUCUGUCACUGAACUUUUGGGCGUGGAGUAUGUUGGACAGCUGAUCCAGUUCACUGAGUUGCAGCUUCAGACACACUUUGGAGAUAAGACUGGCUCCUGGUUGUACGACUUGUGCAGAGGGAUUGAACAUGAGCCUGUGAAACCUAGGCAAUUGCCGAAGUCAAUUGGCUGCAGUAAGAAUUUUCCAGGAAAAACUGCCUUGGUUACUCAGAAACAGGUACAACACUGGCUUCUGCAGUUGGCUUUGGAGUUGGAGGAGCGACUGAAGAAGGACAGAGACCAAAACAACCGGAUGGCUAAACAACUGACUGUUGGGAUCCGCAUGCAAGGUUCAAAAUAUUCCAGUGGCCUCUCCCGCUGCUGUGCCUUAUCCCACUAUGAUGCUCAUAAGAUCAGUAGAGAUGCCUUUGCAGUAAUCCAGAACUGCAAUACAGCAGGAGGCCAGCAGGCUGCAUGGUCCCCACCAAUCAAACUUCUCCAGCUGUCUGCAGCCAAGUUUUUAGAGGUUAAUACACUCUCCUCUAUGGACAUUACUUCCUUCCUGACUAGUGAUAGCCAGCAUACCCCAUCCACCAGCACCAGUGCAGGAAGCCCAAAUGCCAAGUCCCUUGGAAGCCCCAAAAAGGAGACCAGCAAGAGAACGGUGAAUACUAUUCAGGGGCUGUUUCAAAGGGCAGCAGAAAGGAAACAGGCUCAGGCACUGUCUGGGUCUUCUCUUCCUAAUAUUGCCAGUGAAAAGAUAGUACAGUCAGCUACAGAGCCUCACAUCUGUCAUGAUAAUGGAGUCAGCUGCAUCAGCAGUCAGAUUCCAGAAGACCCUGUGGAGCCUUAUGUCACUAGUAGCAAACCAGAUUCCAUGCUGGAGGAGCCCACUGUAGAACAAUCUGUACUGAGCUCUGAAGCAGGACCGCAGAAAACCGCUGACACCAAUGGCUGUGGUUGUAUGGCAUCUCCGGAAACAGAAACACUUGAAGCUCCUUCAGAGCUCCCUGAUGCAUCAAAAGAAGAGAGAGUGCAAUUGGCUUCUGAACCUCUGCAGGGGGAAGCUGAUAGUUUGGCUCCUCCCUAUGUAGAUGACCGGAUAUUGUGUGAGAAAUGCAACCAACAAGUGCUGGUGUGGGAAUUCACAGAACAUUUAGAUUACCACUUUGCUGUUGAGCUGCAGAAUUCCUUCUCAGGAUCCAGUUCCUGCAGGACACCUGUACCUGUUGGUAGCCCUCCAACUAAGGGCAAAAGCAAAUCCAGGUCUCACACAGCCGCUGGUGCUAAACGGCCAAGGCAAGACUCCACCAGGACUUUGGAUUCCUUUUUUAAGUGCUUGCCUCCUUAGACUGAGUCUUCUGCAAGCAGCUGGAGAUUUUUUUACACAAAGAAUAACUGCCUAAUAAAAUACUUCUAAUAAAUGAUUCUCAGCAGAACUGAUGGGGUUGUUGAAUAAGGCACUUCAGUCAGCUGCUCAUGCAAUGCUGAUCUAAUAAAAAGUAAAGGUUCCCCUUGACAUUUAGUCCAGUCAUGUCCGACUCUAGGGUGCAGUGCUCAUCCCCCGUUUCC